AUGAAGAACAUCAAACCCACACAGAAACCCCGACUUUGCACAGGAGAAUGCCACCGAGAAACAGUGCACCGUUUCCCUAAAAUGGCAUGCACACAUGCGUUGAUUAACGUCACGCUGUCGCCGAUUUCACGACGGCAGAGGGCUCAGGCCGCCGAGAAGGCGCACGUUGCCCGGCGACGACAGCCCGAUGGGAUCACCACCAGUUCAUUUUCGCCGUUUAGCAUGCGGGUUUCAGUGCCACAGCAAUGCCUGACUGACCCGCUACCGCACGGCACGCCACGGAUUAUCGAGCCACCGCGCUAUCCCCGGAGCGGGUGCGUAGCGGUGUUGUGUGCUUCACGGCCUCAGCUGCGGCUCCCACUUCGGGUGCCGGGGCUCUCUUUUACAUCUCCGAUCGUUGGGCGGACAUGCUCUGCGAUGGUGGCUGGCGUGUGGGUCUUCGUAUUUAUCUGA